AUGUCCGCCCUGCUCGCCUGGCUCCUGUUGCCGUGCGGCAGCGCUCUCCAGCGUCUCGUGACGUCGCACGGCAUCUCGUCGUCCGACGCCGCCGCGCUCGUCGCCGCGGCGCUGGAGUCCACGGGCGUCGUCUUCGAGCCCGUGCCGCUGGCGGGCCUCUGCCACGAGCGAUGCGCCGUCUUCGAGGGCAUCCCGCGGCGGUCCGAGCUCCUCGACGGCAUCGCGGCGUCGCUCGACGAGCGGGGCGUCGCGCCGCUGCUGAGCCUCGGCUCCGACGACGCGCCGUGGACGACGCCCGAGCGGAUGCGCGGCCGCUUCGACGCCGCCGUCCGCGACCACAGCGACGCCUACGGCCUGCGCGUGCCCGUCGCCACGCGCGCGACGGGCUGGACGCCCGACGCGUGCCGCGUCGUGGACAACGUCGCGCUCGACGGCGCCUGGGCCGACGGCGACGCGCGCUACUGGGACACGUCGCGCGUCGUGUCCAUCGACGGCCUCGUCGACGACGCCCUGCGCGCCGAGCUGCUCGCGCUCUGCCGCGCGGACCCGGUCAAGGGCGUCGACCGGCGGAGCUGGCGCCGCGGCGCGCUGCGGGACGUCAUCGGCGGCGACGACGACGUCUCGGGCGCGUGCUGGGGCCUCGCGGAGACGGCGAUCCGGCGCCUCUGCGACGAGACGCGCGUCCCGGAGCCGAUCCGGGAGGUCCAGUCAAGGAUCGCCGCGUACCUCGCGCGCCGCAACGACGAGGCCGUGGUGCUGAGCCGCAUCUCCGCGGCGGCGCUGGACGGCGUGACGCCCCUGACGGCGAACGCGCCGGUCGCUGCCGACGGCGACGCCUACGGCUGGCACAUCGAUGGCGACCCCAUGCUGCUGCCGAACGGGCCCUGGACCGACUUCCACGGCCGGUACCCGAACCGCGCGCCGGGCAAGCCCCGCUGGGUGUCCGCCGUGAUCUACCUGCCGCACGAGUGGCGGGACGCGUGGGGCGCGCCGACGCGCUUCCUCGACCCGCCGACGCGCGAGGUUCUGGACGUCGCCGCGGCGCCCGGGCGCGUCGUGCUCCUGGACCAGGACAUCACGCACAGCGUCCAGGCCCCGAGCGCCGCCGCCGGCGACCGCCCGCGCUACUCGCUCGUGCUCAAGCUCGUCCUCCACCCGACGGCCGCCGGCCAGGUCCCGAGCAUCGCGCCCGAGGACGGCGUGCGCUUCUUCGGCUCCGCGUCGCGGCCCGACGACUAA